UAACACCAGUAACACACACGCCUAGCAUAAGGCUGUUUCUUUCACAUUCACAUCACAGCUUCCACGCUAAUGAAGUGCUGUGAACGUGCAUUCUAUGUGGUGGAUAUAUACUCCGGUCCUGUGGAUUCAUGUGGGUGUCUAGUGUAUUAACUGAAGAUGCUGAAGUUUCUUCUCGUGUCUAGCUUCUACAUCUUCUCGGGAUAUGGCCCAAAUAUUUUCCUUCACGCCUCUCCUUUGCCAGCAAGACGCACAUUAAAUUUCGUAGAUUAUUACGAUGAUGGAUCAGUUAUUGAUAAGCUGACGCUAGAAAAGAGAAAUGGCACAGCGAUUGCAUACGCCAGCGUGCAAGGAGGAUGUGAAAGCUACCCUUAUGCUGAAGGGAUUGCUAAGCUAGUGUCGAUUGUCAGCUGUGAGAAGGAGGAGGCGAUCGCGAAGGAGGCGAUGGAUCUCUUCCCGUGUACGGAGACGCCAGUGUGCCCGAAAAAGAGCGAACUGGCGAGAAGCACUUGCAUAAAAUUGAUAUACGGAAACCUUAUCUCUGAUGCCGUGUCCCAGGAUGGAAUCGUCCUUGACCUGAAGCAGAGUACUUACGAAUCGGGAUGGAAUUCUGAAAGGAAGAUAUCGCGACUGUCGAUCAAAAAGCCAAGGGGUUUUGCUAAUGCUUACAUAAAGCUUAAUGCAAAACACGGAGUGGGUGGCUGCUCAGAGGAAAAGCAUGUUGAAUUGAGAGGCAUUGUCACGCGUGCAACCGUGGAUUUCGUUGUUGACUGGGACUUGUUGCAAAUGGAUACGAAUUGCAGUUAUUCUGGGGAGCUAUUGCUCCAGAAUGCGUGUUUUGAGGACAUGAGAAAAGACAAACUUCCAGAACUGAAGUAUUUGGAGCCGCAAACGCAGACGGCGGCGCGCCUGGUCCGAAGGCCGUGGUGGCUGCUGGUGGUGGCCGUGGCGGCGCCCCCGAUCGCCGUCACCCUGUUCUGCUCCGUCGCCUGCAGGAGCUGGACAAGGCCCGUCGUCGGCCUCCAAAACGGGAACUCCAACUUGAAGAGCAGGAACUCAAAGAAACUGACGCGGCGAGAAGUCUUGGUCGCAUACGCAGGAGACAUGAGCGAGGAGGUCUUGCCACUCCUGAACGUGCUCAGGGAGAGGAAGGAUAUCAAGCUUCUCGACCUCCACGACCCCCACGCCUUCGGGAAGCGCCAGGACCCGACCGUGUGGCUGGCCAAGAAACUCCUGGACCACUCGACGAAGACUCUCAUUGUAGCCUCUAAGGGCGCGAGGAUCAUCCAACAGCUCGUGGAGGUGGAGUCGAAGAUGGAGAUUCGAAGCACCGGAGACAAAAUCGGUUCGUGUGAAGCUCCGAGACAGGGAGAGGCGGUGGCGAAUAAGAAGGAGGAGAAAGAGGAGGAGGGGGAGGAGGAGGAGGGGCAGGAGGAGGAGGAGAAGAAGAAGGAAGAGGAGGAGGAGGAGGAGGAAGAGGAGGAGGAGGAGGAGGAGAAGAAGAAGGAGAUGGAGAUGGAGAUGGAGAUGGAAAAGGAAAAGGAGAAGGGACGCGAAAUGUUAGAGAGAAUGGAAGAAGGAAGAAGAGAAGAAGAGGAACAUAAUAAGCUGAAGAUUCCCGAGUCUCGAAAUGGAACGAAGGACCUAAAACACGAGGAUGAAAGUCGGGCUGAGAGGGAACGGAAAGAGGACGCAAUAAAUGAACAAAGAACGAACCAGAGAGAACAAGUUUACCAUACCCUCUUGGUGGAUUUUCUGAAAAAGAUGAAAAAUGGGCAGUUCGACGUUUGCCAAGUUUUGAUUGAGAACACGCCCACGACCGACCUUCUAGACGACAUACCGAAGACAAGGGUAUACCGAUGGCCGGAUCACAGAGAUCAUCUGUUGGCAACGCUCCAAGUGUGAGAAUCCAAGAAGAUUAUAGAAAUGAACAUA